AGCUCUGCCCCUGGCCACAUAAAUAAAAAUGGCGGGAACAUGCUAGUUGAGCUGUUUGUGUUGUGAGUGUUUUUGGUUUGUUUUCAAUCAAAUCGAAAUAAAUAAAAAUGUAUGAUAUUGUGAAAUGGUUAAGCAAAUGCAAGAAACCACAAGAAAAAUGCCCGCUAUAAGAAAAGUUGUAAGAGACCACAAUUCAAAAUGCGUUGGGUGCUUCGCAUGCGCCAGUGCCGCAGAGACUGUCCGCGUACGAGAUAGCGUUAAACAUAUUGCGCAUAAAGUGAAUACCAAUAUAAAAAGCGAAUCUCGAAAAAAUAUGAAGAAAACUGAAGUAGCCAAUGCAGAGGAAGUUAACACGCAAAAGUUGAUUUGUAAAUCGAACAGCGCAGAAGCUUUUCACAUUCGAAAAUGUCGUGUGCGCAUUAAACGCUUCCCUAUUAAAUUAAAUAAACAUCCCUUGAAUAAAACAAACUAUGAAGAAGAAUAUGCAGAGAAAGUUAACACGCAGAAGUCGGUUCCUAAAUCGAAUGGCGCAGAAACUUUUCACAUACGAAAAUGCUGUGUCCGCAUUAAACGCGUCACGCUUAAAUUAAAUAAUAAUCUCUUGAAUAAUACCGUAGCCGACAACAGUGUUUUUGAACCCGCUCGUAAUUCUACAAUGUACCUGACCAAGCCCCUUAGAGUUAGUUUAAAACGUCUGAGGACUCCGCAGGCAACUGAGGCGGCAGCCGAGAAGAUAUCAGAUAAAGCGAAGACAGCACAUCGUUUCUUUCACAGGGAUCAGCCACCCACAAGAACGCGAUCGUCAGUGACGCGCAACGUUUAUGAAUUUCUCUCGGAAUCGCAGAUAGAUGACACUGCGACGAAUCAGCGCAAGGAUGCAGCUGCUGAUAUCAUCAAGAAAAUGAUCGAGGAUGGCAGAGCGUGUGCAAUAAUAAGAUCAAAAACAGGCAAGAAUCGUGUACGACGCGUCGCGAAGAAAGUUCGUCCAGUGGGCAAAAGAAAACAAUGCUCAUUAAAAGCCACAACAGCAAAGUCGCAAGUUGAGCAGCGGAUUCACAUGGAAACGCGACCGUUGUCGCCCAUCUAUGAACCAGAACAAGAUGAGCAGGACAAUCAAAGUGAUGCUGCCCCCCGUUGCCAAUGAGGCAGCGCUCAGAUUCAAUCGCAACAAUUACAGGAGCCUCUAAAAAGGAUAUCAAUGAAUAAAAGCAAGACAACGAUGGAGGGCGCUUACAGCCCUUUAGCUCGUUCGUUGCUGUUGAAUCAAACCAACAAUCAGAAUGCUCAGAACUCAUUGGAUCGACGACGACAGCUCCUGCAAGUUGCAAGAAAAUUCUAUAGCACGCCAAUGAAUCGUAAAAAUGUCACGGCCCAAAACGAUGUAACAUUUUCACCAAUUCCGCAUCAAGCGGAGAAUACUCAACCAGUAAUAAUAAGAAGUCCCAGUGGAGGCUCAUCGCCCUGGCGAGUUCCAGACGAGGCGCCCUUGCCGAAUACCUUCAUGUUUGGUUUCAACACAUCACAGUUGCCUUCGUAUUCCAGUGAUCAUAUUCGCAAAAAACAUGUCUACAUACCUGAUAAACCCCUUGAGCAUAUGGAAAAUGAUGGCAAUGAUAUCGUAAGCGAGACUAGCAUUGACUCAGCUGCCAAUGAUUCAAAUGGCGAAAAUGUACCACCAGCUAUGCCAUCGGUUAAUAUAACAGAUAACAACAAUUUUGAGAAGACAAUUCCACCAAUUGAAUUAAGCGGACAGGAGAAUGAGAACGAUGAAAACUUUGUGCAAUUACCAAAUCCACGACGAACGCUUCAACAGCGCACUCCUCUUAAAGAUAUAAAUAUAUUGGACGUAGUCGUGUUGCCAUCGUGGAAGAACAAAAUGCAGCUUCCUAAGACGCCAAUAAAAAAUCAUGUUCAUUUCGAGGAUUCCAUUGAUAAGACUAUAAGCAAAAGUCCGCGGCAGCAAUUGGGUGUUCAGGCUGCAAGGCAAACGCAAUCACCUCGUAAUCUCUUUGGCUUUGAAGAGUUCCUUAACGAGGGUGAACAGCAAUGUAAUAGUGUCCACACAAAUCAAACGAAUAUUACGCUAGUUGAUAAAAUGCAGCGGCUGAAGGACUUACGCCCUAAAGACAGGGAGCUGCCACAAGUAUCGAAGGCACCACUGCGAUACGACUACGAUGAUUUAACAGCUGGAACGCCCAAGCAGCGCAACAUUAAAGAGAUGCUAUGCUCCACCAUGAUUGCGACGCCGCUUCCUGCUCUGUCAGCUAAUGAAUCAAUUGGUUUGUUUGCGGAUACGGAUCCGGAAGUAACAUUCGAUGAAAAGAAACCAAGACGUACCUAUGUUCGGGAGCGACCUAAACGGAGGCGAAAACAACGUGUGCAAGUGUUAUUUAUCGAAACUGAUUCAUCAGACAACGAUGAAAACGAUGAGCAGGACUCAAAUGACAAAAGCGCCGAUUCUCCAAGGAAAGCGGCGCCCGAAAAGAAACGUGCACGGAGAGAUGUGGAACAUGAAGCCAAGUUGAGGCAGUUCAUCAGUAGUUUCAGGCAGGAGUGUGAAGAAGUAGAAAAGUUUCCACUCAUCAUCGAAUAAUAGCUGCCCUCUUUAAAGUGGGAUUUUUUU